AUGCCUCCGCAGCCACCAAGUUCAACAUCCUCCAGCUCUCACCACCAUCACCACACCUCGACCCUUCCACCUUCCUCUCCACCAACUCCAGUGCCUUCAACGACAACGAAAAUCCAUACCACGUAUACCUACACGCACGGUCCCCAUGAGAUUGUCGCAGUAGGAUAUCCGCUGUGCGGAAUCCCAGGAUACACGAAUGUGAUGGGUGACUACCGAGAGUCAACGCACGUCCAGAAAGGAGGAAAUCUCAAGGACUGUAUGAGCGACUGUCGCAACAGUGGUGGGGCUUGCCAGAGCAUUGCCUUUCAUAAGAGGUACACGAUGUGUCUUUGGUUUGAUAAGGAGGUCCAAGGCACUUGGUUGACCAUUGAUAAAACGAGCGAGUUUGUGCAUUGGGAUCUGACUUGCGAUAUAUGA